UCUGUUUACUUUCGUUUUCUCCUCAAAGUGAAACUGAACUGAAACUCCUGUUUUCAGCUGUCCUGUCUGAGUUUUCAUCGAUGAAUGCGACCACUGACGAUAAAACCCUCAGAUCUGAACCAGUCUGGCUGAAGAGAUGGCCCACCGCAACGACAGCUCCCAGAUAAAGGCGGUUCUUCAGCCUGAAGAUCACAAAGAAGAGCAAGAAAGAAAAGACUGCAGCAAAGAAGACUCAUGUAAGGCUGGUGUUUUGGCCUUAUCCGACCCGCUCCACUCUGGAACCUCUGGACCCUAUGGAACCUCUGGAUCAUCUAGACCUUCUGCACCCUUUGGACCCUCUGGUACAGAGGAGGAAGGGGCCCAUGGAGGGUCAGAGUGGUCUGUGGAGAAGCCGAAUGAAGACAAGUCUUCAUCAUGCUGUUCUCUGAAAGAUCUGAAGACCCUCUCUAACUGUCGGGACAAGCUGGGACCCCUGACCUUCAGCAGGACACAUGCCGUCCUCGUAGAUGUGAACGCUUUCAACCGUCAAAGGGAACUGGUGGCACAGAAAGGCAGAGACAUGUGGCUCAGUAACUUUGUCAAAAUGCCAAAUUCAGAUUCCAGUCUCAUCACUAAGACAGGGUUUUGGGGCCCACACCCAGUACGAAGGUGGGAUGUGAUCUCCAAACAUCUGGGUGAUUUGGCUGAAAAGAAGACGGCAAGUGUUCAUGAUGUGGAGGAGGCCAUAAUGAAAUAUAACCCAAAGUACAAAGGGCAGUGGUGCUUUGAUGCUCUCGGAAAUUUUGUAAAGUGUGUCCCAGACACCGAUAACUACUUUCACACCUUGUUUCCAAAGAUCGCUGCGUUGGCCUUGAGGCUGCCCAAGUAUGUGUCAAAGGCCAUCCCGCUGCUGCAGAGAGAAAAACCUGCGUCCAUCACCCUGUCCCAGACUCAGAUAUCCUGCCUGCUUGCUAACGCCUUUUUCUGCACCUUUCCUCACCGGAACACGACCAACGCGAACGCAGAGUACCACAACUACCCCUCCAUUAACUUCAACAGCCUGUUUGGAAACUGGACCAACAGGAAGCAGGAGAAACUGCGAGCCAUCAUGCAUUACUUUAAUGUAAUGACAGAAACGAGUAAAAUGCCUCAAGGGCUGGUGACGUUUGAGCGGUGUGUCAUCAAAGAUGUGGACAUAUCCAGCUGGAGGAGCUGUAAGGAGAAGAUGCGGGAGCUUCACGUCUCAUCAGGCGGCAGCAUCGAGACUGAAGGUUUAGGGCUGCUGCAGGUGGAUUUUGCCUCCAGCUGGAUCGGCGGAGGAGUUCUGGACACUGGUCUGGUUCAGGAGGAGAUUUUGUUCCUGAUGAAUCCGGAGCUGAUCGUGGCCCGACUCUUCACUGAGAGACUCACAGAAAACGAGUGUCUCAUCAUUACAGGCUCUCAACAGUUCAGCUGUCACUCCGGUUACAGUGACUCCUUCGUGUGGCUGGGGCCUUAUGAAGACAACAUCCAAAGGGAUGAGUGGUGUCGUCUGCAGAGGCAGAUUGUAGCCAUCGAUGCUCUUCACUUCAAACACAGACGAGAGCAGUACAACAUGCGGAAGGUCACGCGAGAACUCAACAAGGCAUACUGUGGAUUUCAGCCUCAUAGACCCAACGAGCCGGACAUCGCCACAGGAAAGUGGGGCUGUGGAGCGUUCAACGGAGACCCUCAGCUCAAAGCUGUGAUCCAGAUGAUGGUGGCAGCGAGGGCGAGGAGGGGGCUCGCCUUCUUCACCUUUGAGGACGAGGUACUGAAGCAGGAGUUGACUCAGAUCCACCACCUGCUGGUCAAGGAGGGAACUACAGUCGGGAAACUGUUCAACCUUCUGGAGGAUUUCUGUGCGGGUCCUCAUCAGUCAGGCGGAUCUCACAUGGAUCUGUUUGAGUUCAUCAGAAACUCUCUGAGAGCGAGGAGUCAGCUCUGAGGAGGUGACUGAUUUACACUAAAAUCUAACUGGAAUGUUUUAAAACUCAAAUGAAGAAUGUAAUUUAGCCAGCCUGAUUCAAACUGCAAUGAUCUAAAACAGCCCUGUUGCACCGUGAAUCUUUGGUUUAAGGUGAACUGUUCUGGGCUUCUGGGUGGCGUGAAAAAUUAUGAUCAACUCAGUUUUUGCAUUAAUUUAAAUUCUUGACUGUCUUUUAGAUACUGUAUUAUUUUUUUGACAUGUCUGCUUAUAAAGGUGAUGAAAAUGAAUAAAAACAAACUACAGAAGCA